AUGGAAGAUAAAUCAAGUUAUACUUUGACUUAUUCAAUUGCCCGUUCAGGAUCCUUGCCGUCAGUAGACCUUAACCGCAGAAACAGGAAAAAUGAUUUUCGCGUUGACUUGAAAAAAAUUGAAAUUAUUCCUACCGAUGCAAAUUUGAAUAUGAAUACAGACGCAAAACUUUCUGUAAUAUUAAGACAUAACAAUCGGGAUAUCUGUUUGUGUUUGAAUGAAAGGAAGGAUAUAGUUUCUAUUCCACUUCAUCAGGUAGUCGGUUUUAGAAUCACUGAAUACAAAAUAAUGGAGAUCCUAUUAUUGGAUAAUUUCGAAAGGUCGUACUACUCCAACGGUGUUGAAAUCAAAGGAGAUCCGACCAACGGGUUAUUAGAGGGUGCAAAUUCUUUAAUAUUCAUACCUUUAAAUUAUGUUAAUUUAAACAAUUUGGUUGAUAUUGAAGCCGGAAUUGCGAGAUAUAGAGUAGAGAAGCAGAGUCACCUUUUAAUGAAUGACACACAAAACUCUCAACCUGAUUCAUCCGAUGAGAUAUAUGUAACUUUUGUUCUUUUUGUCGAGCGUGGAGCUGUAGUUGUUCCUCGUGACAUUACACUUAAGUCAUUACUAAAUGUGAUCUCAAGUCGCUUUCAUCUUCAGCUUAACACUGAACGCAUGUCUUAUAAAAAUGGAGUUGGAGAUAUGAUUACACUUAAAGAUGAAGAAGAUUGGAAGGUUGCUAAGUGGGAGGCUAAAUAUGAGAAAAAGAUCGGAGUUGAAGUUCAUUUGGCUUGA